UUCACUGUGAUACGCCAACAGCAGGGAUCAGAUUUACAUUUAGGCACUGACUGGACUCACCACUCACUGCAACCUAGCAACCGAAAAUGAAGUUCAACCUGCUGAAGCCUAAGCCGGAGCCAAUGGUGGGCUCAGAGCCGACGGGGGCCAUGACAGUAGCCCCAGGCCAGAGCUCCACGCCAGCCGACAACUCCACUGCGGUCAACAAGGACAUGUUCGGAGACAUAAAGAACAAGUUCCUCAACGAAAUGACCAAGAUUCCACUGCCAACGUGGGCCAUUGCGGCCAUAGCCAUCGUGGCCAUCAUGCUGGUGGUGACGUGUUGCUUCUGCAUCGUGAAGAAGUGCUGCUGCAAGAAGAAGAAGAACAAGAAGGGCAAGAAGGGCAAGGGGGAGAUGGGCAUGAAGAACAUGAAGGGAGAGAAACCUCAGGAUGACGAUGACGACGAUGAUGACAUCCCUGAGAAAGACAUGUUGGAGGAGAAGGAAGAGGAGCCGAAAGAGAAGGAGAAGCUUGGAAAGCUGCAAUUCUCUCUGGACUACGACUUUGGCGACAACAAGCUGACUGUCGGCAUUCUGCAAGCAGCAGACCUGAUCGCCAUGGAUGGUGGCGGUACUUCCGACCCCUACGUCAAGGUUUUCAUCCUGCCUGACAAGAAGCAGAAGUUUGAUACCAAGGUGCACAAGAAAACGCUCAACCCAACCUUCAAUGAGACCUUCAACUUCAAGAUGCCCUUCCAAGAGAUGGGCGGCAAGACUCUGGUGAUGGCCGUCUACGACUUUGACCGCUUUUCCAAGCACGACAUCAUCGGGGAGAUCAGAAUUCAGAUGAAAGAGCUGGACCUGGCCCAGCCCAUCGAGCAGUGGAGGGACCUGGACAGUGCAGAGAAGGAGGAGCCGGAGAAGCUGGGUGACAUCUGUGUUUCUCUGCGAUAUGUGCCCACGGCCGGCAAACUGACGAUUUGCAUCCUAGAGGCUAAGAAUCUCAAGAAGAUGGAUGUGGGAGGGCUGUCAGAUCCCUAUGUGAAGAUUCACUUACUGCAGAACGGCAAGAGGCUGAAGAAGAAGAAGACUACGGUGAAAAAGAACACUCUGAACCCCUACUACAAUGAGUCCUUCAGCUUCGAGAUACCACAGGACCAGCUGCAGAAAAUCGUAGCCGUGAUUACAGUGCUGGACUACGACAAGAUUGGCAAGAACGAUGCCAUCGGCAAGAUUUUUGUGGGCAGCAAGGCGAAGGGUGGCGAGCUGCGGCACUGGUCGGACAUGGUGUCCAACCCGCGGCGCCCCAUCGCCCAGUGGCACCCACUCAGGCCGGAGGAAGAGGUGGAUGCAGAGCUGGCCGGCCUCACUGCCAAGAAGUAAACCACUUCACACCUCACUGCUCACUCUCACACACACA